CUUCUAGGAAGAUUUUGUGGUGACAAGAUCCCUGAACCAGUAAUCUCCACGGACAGCAGGCUGUGGAUUGAGUUCCGGAGCAGCAGUAACAUCCUGGGCAAAGGCUUCUUUGUGGUCUAUGAAGCUAUUUGCGGUGGAGAAAUUCACAAAGAUGCUGGCCAGAUCCAAUCUCCCAAUUACCCAGAUGACUACAGACCUUCCAAAGAGUGUGUUUGGAAAAUCACAGUUUCUGAGGGCUUUCACAUAGGAAUCACAUUCCAAGCCUUUGAGAUUGAAUGGCACGAUGCAUGUUCUUAUGACUACCUGGAGAUCCGAGAUGGCCUCACUGAAUACAGCCCGCUGAUCGGUCGCUUCUGUGGUUACGAGAAGCCAGAAGAUAUCAAAUCCAGUUCAAAUAAAGUAUGGAUGAAGUUUGCAUCUGAUGCAACCAUCAAUAAAGCAGGCUUUGCAGCAAAUUUCUUUAAAGAGAUGGAUGAAUGUUCUCUGCCAGACAAUGGUGGGUGUGAGCAGCACUGUGAGAACACACUGGGCAGUUACAAAUGCACCUGUGAGCCUGGCUAUGAGUUGACAGCUGAUAAAAAGAGCUGUGAAGCUGCCUGUGGGGGUUUCAUCACCAAGCUCAAUGGGACCAUUACUAGCCCUGGAUGGCCCAAGGAAUAUCCUACUAACAAAAACUGCAUCUGGCAGGUGGUAGCUCCAGCCCAGUACCGGAUCUCUCUGCAGUUCGAAGUGUUUGAGCUGGAAGGCAAUGAUGUCUGUAAAUAUGACUAUGUUGAGGUUCGUAGUGGGUUGGCUUCUGACUCCAAGCUGCAUGGCAAAUUCUGUGGCUCAGAGAAGCCCGAAGUAAUCACAUCGUAUGGCAACAACAUGAGACUGGAGUUCAAAUCAGACAACACGGUCUCCAAGAAAGGCUUUAAAGUUCACUACUUUUCUGACAAGGAUGAAUGCUCCGAAGAUAAUGGUGGUUGCCAGCAUGAAUGUAUCAACACCUUUGGGAGCUAUGUAUGCCAGUGCAGAAAUGGCUUCAUGCUGCAUGAAAACAGCCAUGAUUGUAAAGAAGCUGGUUGUGAGCACAAGCUGAGUGCUGCAGAGGGAACAAUGAGCAGUCCAAACUGGCCUGACAAGACCUUCAAUGAGUUUGAGAUUGAACAGCACCAAGAAUGUGCCUAUGACCACUUGGAAAUGUAUGACGGGCCCAACAGCAAGUCACCUAUCCUUGGCCGCUUCUGUGGCAGCAAGAAACCAGACCCUGUAGUGGCUUCUGCCAACAAGAUGUUCCUUAGGUUUUACUCUGAUGCUUCUGUGCAAAGAAAAGGUUUCCAGGCAAAGCACAGCACUGAGUGUGGUGGGCUCCUAAAGGCUGAAGUACGAACUAAGGAACUGUAUUCCCAUGCUCAGUUUGGGGACAACAACUACCCAGGUCAAGCAGACUGUGAAUGGGUGAUUGUAGCUGAAGAUGGUUAUGGGGUGGAGCUGAUAUUCCAGACAUUUGAGAUCGAGGAGGAGGCCGACUGUGGGUACGACUACAUGGAGAUUUAUGAUGGUUACGACAGCACUGCACCCCGCCUGGGACGCUUCUGUGGCUCAGGGCCUCUGGAAGAAAUCUACUCUGCAGGGGAUUCCAUCAUGAUUCGAUUCCACACAGACGACACCAUCAACAAGAAAGGCUUUCACGCCCGAUACAUAAGUACCAAAUUUCAGGAUGCAUUGCACAUGAGAAAGUAGUUUUACUGCUCCUCACAGACAUUCCCGUCUGAAGAUUGAGACAUUUAAUUGUGAUCUUUGUCUUUUUUUUUUUUAAGCUUCUGUGCACCUGACCAAAAGCAGUGUACAGUAUUUUCUGUAACUAAAACUAAAUCCAGUCUCAAAGGUUUGCCUCUGAAAUUAUUAGCAUGACCCUUUCUUAUUAACAUACCCAGGACCAAAAAUUGUCUUCUAAUUGUAUCUAACAGGGCAUAAAUAUUUUAUUUUGCACAGCUUGCCAUGGGGCUGAGUGAAGACUGAGAUUGAAUUGAGAAAAACCUUCAUCUCUUGCAUAUCCUCUUUCUAGGUGACAUUUUCUAAGCAUCCUGUACACAUGAGCUGUCUGAACUCAUUUUCUGGAGCAGAUGGUGUGGACAGCCACCCAGUAAGAAUUUCUCAAAGGACCUUCGGGGCCACCCACUCUCCCCUACCAGCCCAAAAUACUCUGUGCAAUAAGUGAACA